AUGUCUCACGGAUGUAUUCCAGCUGAUCGCGAUUAUUCAUUUUUAACGUGGAAGGAAAUUGAGUCAAUGCCGGAUAAAGAAAACGUUGUGAUCAUCCAGCCGGUUGGUGCUGUAGAGCAACAUGGUCUUCAUUUACCAUUGGCCAUCGAUUAUGUAAUUGGUCUUGCUGUUGUUGGUAAAGCACUCGCUCUGGUACCAUCAGAUAUUCGUGCUUAUUCACUACCUUCACAGCAGUUUGGUAAUUCCGUUGAACAUAUUUCAUUUCCGGGCACAAUAAGUCUUACUCCAACGACGCUCAUAUCCGUGUUAACUGAAAUCGGUGAAAGCGUCUAUCGUGCCGGUUUCCGGAAAUUUGUGUUUUCAAACUCGCAUGGUGGUAAUCUCGAAAUAACUGAUCUUGUUGCAAGAAGUUUGCGUGUGAGUCACUCAGAUUUUCU